CCUGGUAUAUCAAGUGCUCGCUAGUAACGAAGCGGCUUAUUCAACGGUCUCAAGAUACUGCAGUCAACACGGUCUGAAUUUCGAUUUGUUACUGUGUUCCCCAUCGUUUAAAAGUGACUAAUGUGUUGAUAAUAUUAACUAGAAAUUGUAAUAUAGUUAAAAAUUGUAACAACGCAUCAAAUUUGACAAUACAUCACAAAUAAUUGUUCACUUACCAAAAAAUAAAAUACUUACAAAUUUACUUUCAUUAAAAUUUGGAACAGUACUUGACAAUAAUCCACAGGUUGUUUAUCAACUGUUAAGGACUGGUUAAAUACUGGUGUUUUUUAGUGGUGAAAUUGACGAGACUAGAAAACCCCCAAGUCUUUAAAUUGGAACUAACAGUGUGAUUGUGUUUUGUGCGUUUUUCGGAAGAGUGGUGUAUCCAGUUAGAGGUUUUUGUGAGGAUCUUUCAAUAACUCUUGGAAACAGCAUGUCCAGAUGUUCUUUUAAGGAAUAAUUUGAGACUGGGCAACAAUGUGAGAGAAUGAUGUAGAAGAAAGUCUCCAAUCCAAUCGAUAUGAAUAGAGUUAUAAAUCCUGUUGCAGUAAACCAUGCCUUGGGACCAAAGGUGGUCCGGGGUAGAAGGGACUCAUCCCUCGACUCGGGAAUCCACCAUCCCCUCUCCGACACAUCCUCCUCCGAUCAAGACGAUCUCAGUGAAGCCGUCAACAAUGGGCUGUGUUUUGCCAACAGUGUUCGUCUGAGUCCUGUAGGCUGCAAUGAGACAGACAACCUGGUGGAAGAGGUCUACGUCUCACAACUCAAUACAAAAUCAACAGAGAAUGUUGAUGACGUGGAAAGCUUGAACACCAGCCACAAAAGCCUCUCAGACGACUCUCUAUCGGAAAAUGUGGCGAAAAAACCACCAUCUCGUGUCUACAUUGCACCGGAGAACCCUAUACCCCCACCAAUCAUUCACACAAACACACAAAACAACGAAGAACCCGUAAAAGAGGAAGCAGAUAGGAAGGAAGUGAAGGAGAAAGAGAGAGAGCCGAUCAUCGAGGAACCUGAAGGAAUUUUGGAAGAAGCGGAAAGCCUGGCUGAAAAUGAAGAUAUGGGAGAAAAGUUUGAAGCUAAAGUUGUGGUGGCUGUAGACUUGGGAACAACUUACAGUGGUUAUGCAUAUCGGUACAUUGAUCAUCCAUCAGAUGUUGACAUCCAUCUCAUGUCCAAUUGUCAAGGUGAGCCAGGAUUGAACAACCAGAAGUUACCCUCUAUUCUACUGUUGGACCCAUCUCGUAAGUUGCAUUCAUUCGGAUGCACUGCAAGGGACCACUUCCACGACCUCGACCCAGCCGAGGCACAUCUCUGGCUCUACUUCGACAAGUUCAAACUCACACUGCACAACAAUACGGAUGUAAGCAGAGAAUCUAUGAUCAGAGCGAGCAACGGGUGUGAGGUGAACGCUCUGACCGUAUUCAGCCAGGCACUCUACUACCUGAAGUCACAAGCUCUGGGCGAAUUGCAGCAUCAGGCUGACUCGAGCCACGUGCAGUGGGUCAUCACUGUACCGGCCAUAUGGAGUCACACGGCCAAGCAGUUUGUCAGGGAAGCUGCUUAUAUGGCCGGAAUGUUUGAGUCGCAUCAUCCAGAACAGCUUCUGAUAGCCCUGGAACCAGAGGCUGCUGCCAUCUGGUGUCGCAAUCUUAGAACUUCACUGAUCCAAGAUGACCAAUCAAACUGUGAUAACUGCAUUGACAAUCAAUGUGGAUUAUGCUACAUGGUUGUGGACUGCGGUGGAGGCACGGUUGACAUAACUGUUCACAGGGUUGACCAAGAUAACGGAUCAUUACAGGAGCUGCAUAAAGCCACUGGGGGUUCAUGCGGAUCUUUAGGGGUAGAUGAGGAGUUCAACAGAGUACUUGGCGGUAUUUUCGGGUUCGGAUUCAUGUCUCAGCUGCAGGUUGAGAGGCCGGCCGCUUACACAGAGCUCAUGCUGAGUUUUGAGUCCCGCAAACGAUCUGCUUCACCAUUGCGACAUUUGGCACUCAACAUUUCGCCACCUUACGCUUUCAUUGACUAUUUCAGGAAGGUCACUGGCAAAGAGGUUGAGACAGUGGUGCAAAACUAUGGGAAACCAGAAGUGAGUUGGUCCACCCAGGGUCAGCUACGUAUCCAUCCUUCACUCAUGACCGAAUUAUUCCGACCAACUAUCGAACGAGUCAUUCAGCAUAUUGAGAAAGUUCUAUCAAGUCCCCGAGUCCUGAACAAAAUCACCCAUCUGUACCUAGUCGGUGGUUUUGCAGAGUCACAGAUUCUGCAACAAUCGAUUCGAGACAAUUUCGCAAAAAGACUGAAAGUGAUUAUUCCUCAAGGAGUGGCUCUGAGCGUCCUGCGAGGAGCAGUUCUGUUUGGACUGAAUCCAACAACUGUGUCUGUGAGGCAGGCGAGGCACACAUAUGGAAUUGGCGUUCUGAGAAAGUUCAUAGAUGGGGUGCAUCCAGUCGAGAAACUAGUGGUAAAGGAUGGACAAGAGUGGUGUGUGGACGUUUUGGAUCCCCUAGUGGAGGCCAACCAGACGCUCCGUGUGGGGGAGAUGGUGAUGCGGCGAUACACGCCUGCCAACUGCAAGCAAUCUCAAAUCGUUCUCAACAUUUACUGCGCGCAGUCAGCCUCUGCAAAGUAUGUUACAGAUCACGGAGUGCGCAGAAUCGGGACUCUGAAGUUGGACCUUCGCCAAACGAAAACUUCCUCGAAACAGCCGCGCGAAAUUAUCGCACGACUGACUUUCGGAGGCACCGAAGUGACGGCAAGCGCCUACGACACCGCUUCCAAACAAUAUGUCGACACUGAUCUCUCUUUUCUCACUUAAGGGGUGUUUACACAUUAGUCAAGUUUACUUGAAUUCAAGUUUUGUAUAAAAUGAAUGUACUAUGCAAACCUGAAGUCAAGAAGAAUCAAGUCAAGAAGUCAAGAACAGAAACUUGAAUCGGGUCGAUGUCAAACGAGGACACUGACAGUAGAGGACUCUUCCAAAAGUCAAGUCAAGUCAAGAAGUCAAGAACAGAAACUUGUAUCGGGUCGAUGUCAAACGAGGACACUGACAGUAGAGGACUCUUCUAAAAGCACAGAAGCGACAGUGAAGGACUCCGACAGUUGAGGACUGUGACCGUAGAGGACUGAAAAUCCGUCCUCAAAUGUCGCAGACCUCGACUGUCGUGUCCCCCUUGAAUCCACUAUACCAAUGUAGACCAUUAUUAAAGUUGAUUAAAGUAUAGGUGUUGAACUCAAACUUGAAUUCAAGUAAACUUGACCAAUGUAAACCCUACUUAAAUGUAAAAUUAAUCAGCUUUGUUUUUAAUCUGAGAGGAAUAAUUUGUUUUCCCUCAGUGAUUGCCAUACUUAGUUAUAAAAUAAUAAUAAAUAGUCUAUAUGUUUUAUUUUGA